AUGAGCUCGCUAAGCUACUUCACCCCGGCCCGAGAGGAAGAGCUGCUGUGGUCGGGGAACGCAGGAGCAGCCACCGGACCUCAACCCAGCACCCUCGGAGGAGAGGAGGCGCGGCGCUUCUAUCAAAGCCUCAUAGAAGAGGGGGGUGGAGGGGAGAGGCGGGGAGUGGAUCAGAGGAGGAGAGAGAACCACACGGGGAGAGAGGGAGCGAGAGAGAGGAGGGGGAGAGCAGGGGAGCACGUCCAGGUAUCACAAACACAACACAUAUAGCCUAGUAGCAACACAUAUAGCCUAGUAGCAACACACAUAGCCUAGUAGCAACACACAUAGCCUAGUAGCAACACAUAUAGCCUAGUAGCAACACACAUAGCCUAGUAGCAACACACAUAGCCUAGUAGCAACACACAUAGCCUAGUAGCAACACACAUAGCCUAGUAGCAACACAUAUAGCCUAGUAGCAACACAUAUAGCCUAGUAGCAACACAUAUAGCCUAGUAGCAACACAUAUAGCCUAGUAGCAACACACAUAGCCUAGUAGCAACACACAUAGCCUAGUAGCAACACACAUAGCCUAGUAGCAACACAUAUAGCCUAGUAGCAACACAUAUAGCCUAGUAGCAACACAUAUAGCCUAGUAGCAACACAUAUAGCCUAGUAGCAACACACAUAGCCUAGUAGCAACACAUAUAGCCUAGUAGCAACACAUAUAGCCUAGUAGCAACACACAUAGCCUAGUAGCAACACACAUAGCCUAGUAGCAACACACAUAGCCUAGUAGCAACACAUAUAGCCUAGUAGCAACACAUAUAGCCUAGUAGCAACACAUAUAGCCUAGUAGCUACAUCAUCUAUGGUCAUGUAUGAUUUAAAAAUAAAGUAUUUCAUCAGUAUAUAUAUAUAUAUAUAUGCAACAUCCAUACAUUUUACUGUGUGUAUAUAUAUAUAUAUAUAUAUAUAUAUAUAUAUAUAUAUAUAUAUAUAUAUAUAUAUAUAUAUAUAUAUACACAUACAUACAUACAUACAUACAUAUACAGUACCAGUCAAAAGUUUGGACACACCUACUCAUUCAAGGGUUUUUCUUUAUUUGUAAAAUGUUCUACAUUGUAGAAUAAUAGUGAAGACAUCAAAACUAUGAAAUAACACAUAUGGAAUCAUGUAGUAAUCAAAAAAGUAAAUUUAUAUUAGAGAUUCUUCAAAGUACCCACCCUUUGCCUUUAUGACAGCUUUGCACACUCUUGGCAUUCUCUCAACCAGUGUCACCUGGAAUGCUUUUCCAACAGUCUUGAAAGAGUUCCCACAUAUGCUGAGCACUUGUUGGCUGCUUUUCCUUCACUCUGCCGUCCGACUCAUCCCUAACCAUCUCAAUUGGGUUGAGGUCAGGUGAGUGUGAAGGCCAGGUCAUCUGAUGCAGCACUCCAUCACUCUCUUUCUUGGUCAAAUAGCCCUUACACAGCCUGGAGGUGUGUUGGGUCAUUGUCCUGUUGAAAAACAAAUGAUAGUCCCACUAAGGCCAAACCAGAUGGGACGGCGUAUCGCUGCAGAAUCCUGUGGUAGCCAUGCUGGUUACGUGUGCCUUGAAUUCUAAAUAUAUCACAGACAGUGUCACCAGCAAAGCACCCCCACACCAUAACACCACCACCUCCAUGCUUCAUGGUGGGAACUACACAUGCGGAGAUCAUCCGUUCACCCACACCGCGUCUCACAAAGACACAGCGGUUGGAAACAAAAAUCUCACAUUUGGACUCCAGACCAAAGGACACAUUUCCACCGGUCUAAUGUCCAUUGCUCGUGUUUCUUGGCCCAAGCAAGUCUCUUCUUCUUAUUGGUGUCCUUUAGUAGUGGAGUCUUUGCAGCAAUUCGACCAUGAAGGACUGAUUCACACAGUCUCCUCUGAACAGUUGAUGUUGAGAUGUGUCUUUGACUUGAACUCUAUGAAGCAUUUAUUUGGGCUGCAAUUUCUGAGGCUGGUAACUCUAAUGAACUUAUCCUCUGCAGCAGAGGUAACUCUGGGUCUUCCAUUCCUGUGGCAGUCCUCAUGAGAGGCAGUUUCAUCAUAGCGCUUGAUGGUUUUUGCGACUGCACUUAAAGAAACUUUCAAAGUUCUUGAAAUGUUCAAUAUUGACUGACCUUCAUGUCUUAAAGUAAUGAUGGACUGUCGUUUUCUCUUUGCUUAUUUGAGCUGUUCUUGCCAUAAUAUGGACUUGGUCUUUUACCAAAUGGGGCCAUAUUCUGUAUACCCCCCUACCUUGUCACAACACAACUGAUUGGCUCAAACGCAUUAAGAAGGAAAUAAAUUCCACAAAUUAACUUUUAAGAAGGCACACCUGUUAAUUGAAAUUCAUUCCUUGUGACUACCUCAUGAAGCUGGUUGAGAGAAUGCAAAGAGUGUGCAAAGCUGUCAUCAAGGCAAACAGUGGCUAUUUGAAGAAUCUCAAAUAUAAAAUAUAUUUUGGAUUUGUUUAACACUUUCUUGGUUACAACAUGAUUCCAUAUGUGUUAUUUCAUAGUUUUGAUGUCUUCACUAUUAUUCUACAAUGUAGAAAAUAGUAAAAAAUAAAGAAAAACCCUUGAAUGAGUAGGUAUGUACAAACUUUGACUGGUACUGUAUAUAUUUCUUCAUUAGUAUUUCUAUUGUCACUGUAAGUAGCUCUGGAGAAGAGCAUCUGCUGAUUGACCAAAAUGUAGCUAAAGUAAAAUGUAUUAUAUCUCACAGGCUAGCAGGCAGCAGGUCAGCACCACCAGUACUACCACGGAGCUGGAGGGGCUGAGGCUGCUGCGUUGUGCCCAGGAAGGUGACCUGUCUGGGGUGAGAGGCCUGCUGUCCCGCGGGGUGGAUGUCAACUUCCAGGUAGGUCACAGGAGGUAUCUGAACCCGGGUCUCCCGAGGGAGAAACCAAUUAGGGGAUUACUGGACCGGGUCUCCCGAAGGAGAAACCAAUUAGGGGAUUACUGGACCGGGUCUCCCGAGGGAGAAACCAAUUAGGGGAUUACUGGACCGGGUCUCCCGAAGGAGAAACCAAUUAGGGGAUUACUGGACCGGGUCUCCCGAGGGAGAAACCAAUUAGGGGAUUACUGGACCGGGUCUCCCGAGGGAGAAACCAAUUAGGAGAGUUACUGGACCGGGUUCUCCCGAGGGAGAAACCAAGUUAGGGAUACUGGACCGUCUCCCGAGGGAGGAAAGGCCAAAUUAGGUGUAUUACUGGGACCGGGUCUCCCGAGGGUAGAAACCCAAUUCAGGGGAGCUUACUGGUGACCGGGUCUCCCUAGGGAGAAACCAAGGUUAGGAGGGAUUACCUGGACCGGGGGUUGGUCUACCGCGAGUGAGAAACCAAUUAGGGGAUUUAUUACUGGACCGGGUCCGCCCGAGGAGAAACCAUUAGGGAUUACUUGGACAGUGUCUCCCGAGUGAGAAACCAUUAGGGAUUGAACUGACCCGGGUCCCCGAGGGAGAAACCAAUUAGGGGAUUACUGGACCGGGUCUCCCGAGGAGAACCAUAGGGGAGAUUACUGGACGCCCGGGGAAACCAUUAGGGGAUUACUGGACCGGGUCUCCCGAGGAGAAACCAAUAGGGAUUGAUUACUGGCCGGGUCUCCCGAGGGGAGAACCAAUUAGGGAUUGAUUACUGGACCGGGCCGCCCGAGGGAGAAACCAAUUAGGGGAUUUGAUUACUGGACCGGGUCUCCCGAGGGAGAAACCAAUUAGGGGAUUUGAUUACUGGACCGGGUCUCCCGAGGGAGAAACCAAUUAGGGGAUUUGAUUACUGGACCGGGCCGCCCGAGGGAGAAACCAAUUAGGGGAUUUGAUUACUGGACCGGGCCGCCGAGGGAGAAACCAAUUAGGGGAUUUGAUUACUGGACCGGGUCUCCCGAGGGAGAAACCAAUUAGGAGAUUUGAUUACUGGACCGGGUCUCCCGAGGGAGAAACCAAUUAGGGGAUUUGAUUACUGGACCGGGGGCCCGAGUUGCCGGAGUUUUCACCGGGUGAAAAGUGACUGCAUUAGUUAUGUCACCGGGCUGCCUCCCGGGCAUGAGCCAGGUGCCCCGUUCAAAGCCCACGGAGAAGUUGGCUCAAAACAAAAGUGACCUUAAAGGUUAAGCAUGUGGAGUAAUGAGUAGGAUGCUGUGUUUUCACAUGCAAAAGUGGGGCUUUUGAUAAAAAUGGUUUAUCUGCAUGAAAAUGGAAUAUUCUUAUAUACAGUACCAGUCAAAAGUUUGGACAAACCUACUCAUUCCAGGGUUUUUCUUUAUUUUUACUAUUUUCUACGUUGUAGAAUAAUAGUGAAGACAUCAAAACUAUGAAAUAACACUUAUGGAAUCAUGUAGUAACCAAAAAAAGUGUUAAACAAAUCAAUAUAUAUUUUAUAUUUGAGAUUCUUCAAAGUAGCCACCCUUUGCCUUGAUGACAGCUUUGCAUUCUCUCAACCAGCUUCAUGAGGUAGUCACCUGGAAUGCUUUUCCAACAGUCUUGAAGGAGUUCCCACAUAUGCUGAGUACUUGUUGGCUGCUUGUCCUUCACUCUGCGGUCCAACUCAUCCCAAACCAUCUCAAUUGGGUUGAGGUCGGGGGAUUGUGGAGGCCAAGUCAUCUGAUGCAGCACUCCAUCACUCUCCUUCUUGGAAAAAUAGUCCUUACACAGCCUGGAGGUGUGUUGGGUCAUUGUCCUAUUGAGAAAACAAAUGAUAGUUCCACUAAGCACAAACCAGAUGGGAUGGCGUAUCGCUGCAGAAUGCUGUGGUAGCCAUGCUGGUUAAGUGUUCCUUGAAUUCUAAAUAAAUCACAGACGGUGUCACCAGCAAAGCACCAUAACACCUCCUCCUCCAUGCUUCACGGUGGAAACCACACAUACAGAGAUCAUCUGUUCACCUACUCUGUGUCUCACAAAGACACAGCGGUUGGAAACAAAAAUCUCAAAUUUGGACUCAUCAGACCAAAGGACAGAUUUCCACCGGUCUAAUGUCCAUUGCUCGUGAUUUUUGACCCAAGCAAGUCUCUUCUUAUUAUUGGUGUCCUUUAGUAGUGGUUUCUUUGCAGCAAUUCGACCAUGAAGGCCUGAUUCACACAGGCUCCUCUGAACAGUUGAUGUUGAGAUGUGUCUGUUACUUGAACUCUGUGAAGCAUUUAUUUGGCCUGCAAUUUCUGAGGCUGGUAACUCUAAUGAACUGAUCCUCUACCUACCUUAGUUGGAUGUACUGACUGGUGGUGGUUACCUACCUUAGUUGGAUGUACUGACUGGUGGUUACCUACCUUAGUUGGAUGUACUGACUGGUGGUGGUUACCUACCUUAGUUGGAUGUACUGACUGGUGGUUACCUACCUUAGUUGGAUGUACUGACUGGUGGUGGUUACCUACCUUAGUUGGAUGUACUGACUGGUGGUGGUUACCUACCUUAGUUGGAUGUACUGACUGGUGGUUACCUACCUUAGUUGGAUGUACUGACUGGUGGUUACCUACCUUAGUUGGAUGUACUGACUGGUGUGGUUACCUACCUUAGUUGGAUGUACUGACUGGUGGUUACCUACCUUAGUUGGAUGUACUGACUGGUGGUGUUACCUACCUUAGUUGGAUGUACUGACUGGGUGGUUACCUACCUAGUUGGAUGUACUGGACUGGUGGGGUUACCUACCUUAGUUGGAUGUACUGACUGGUGGUGGUUACCUACCUUAGUUGGAUGGUACUGACUGGAUGGUGGUGGUUACCUACCUUAGUUGGAUGUACUGACUGGUGGUGGUUACCUACCUUAGUUGGAUGUACUGACUGGUGGUGGUUACCUACCUUAGUUGGAAUGUACUGACUGGUGGUUACCUACCUUAGUUGGUGUACUGACUGGUGUGGUUACCUACCUUAGUUGGAUGUACUGACUGGUGGUGGUUACCUACCCUUAGUUGGAUGUACUGACUGGUGGUGGUUACCUACCUUAGUUGGAUGUACUGAUGGUGUGGUUAACCAUACCUUAGUUGGAGUCCUGUGGUGUUACCUACCUUAGUUGGAUGUACUGACUGGUGGUGGUUACCUACCUUAGUUGGAUGUACUGACUGGUGGUGGUUACCUACCUUAGUUGGAUGUACUGACUGGUGGUGGUUACCUACCUUAGUUGGAUGUACUGACUGGUGGUGGUUACCUACCUUAGUUGGAUGUACUGACUGGUGGUGGUUCCUACCUUAGUUGGAUGUACUGACUGUGGUGGUUACCUACCUUAGUUGGAUGUACUGACUGGUGUGGUUACCUACCUUAGUUGGAUGUACUGACUGGUGGUUACCUACCUUAGUUGGAUGUACUGACUGGUGGUGGUUACCUACCUUAGUUGGAUGUACUGACUGGUGGUUACCUACCUUAGUUGGAUGUACUGACUGGUGGUUACCUACCUUAGUUGGAUGUACUGACUGGUGUGGUUACCUACCUUAGUUGGAUGUACUGACUUACACCUACCUUAGUUGAUGUGCUGACUGGUGGUUACCACCUACCUUAGUUGGAUGUACUGACUGUGGUUACCUACCUUAGUUGGAUGUACUGACUGGUGGUUACCUACCUUAGUUGGAUGUACUGACUGGUGGUUACCUACCUUAGUUGGAUGUACUGACUGGUGGUGGUUACCUACCUUAGUUGAAUGUACUGACUGGUGGUGGUUACCUACCUUAGUUGGAUGUACUGACUGGUGGUGGUUACCUACCUUAGUUGGAUGUACUGACUGGUGGUUACCUACCUACCUUAGUUGGAUGUACUGACUGGUGGUUACCUACCUUAGUUGGAUGUACUGACUGGUGGUGGUUACCUACCCUUAGUUGGGCUGUUACUGACUUGGUGGGUUACCUACCUUAGUUGGAUGUACUGACUGGUGGUUGUUUACCUACCUUAGUUGAAUGUACUGACUGUGGUGGUUACCUACCUUAGUUGGAUGUACUGACUGGUGGUUGGUUACCUACCUUAUUGGAUGUACUGACUGGUGGUGGUUACCUACCUUAGUUUGGAUGUACUGACUGGUGGUGGUUACCUACCUUAGUUUGGAUGUACUGACUGGUGGGUGGUUACCUACCGUAGUUGGAUGUACUGACUGGUGGUGGUUACCUACCUUAUUUGGAUGUACGACUGGUGGUGGUUACCUACCUUAGUUGGAUGUACUGACUGGGGUUACCUACCUUAGUUUGGAUUUACUGCUGGUUGUUACCUACCUUAGUGGGAUGUACUGACUGGGUGUUACCUACCUUAGUUGGAUGUCUGACCUGUGGGGUUAACUACCUUAUUUGAAUGACUGGACUUGGUGGUGGUUCCUACCUUAGUUGGAUGUCCUGACUGGUUGGUUACCUACCUUAGUUGGAUGUACUGACUGGUGGUUACCUACCUUAGUUUGGAUGUACUAGACUUGUGUGGUUACCCUACCUAGUUGGAUGUCUGACUGGUGGUUCCUACCUAUUAGUUGGAUGUACUGACUUUGGUGGUGGUUACCUACCUUAGUUGGUGUACGAACUGGUUGUGGUUACCUACCUUAGUUGUGGUGUUACUGAGCUGUGGUGGUUACCUACCUUAGUUGGUGUACUGACUGGUGGUGGUUACCUACCUUGUUGGAUGUACAAGACUGGGGUGGUUACCUACCCAUGUUGGAUGUACUAUACUGUUUUGGAUUUACCUCGCCGUUAUUUUUCUUUCCUUACUGUUUUGUGUUACCUCCCUUCUGUUUAUUUCCCUUCCGAUCUCCUGUCUCAUCUUGAUAAGAGUGUCUGCUAAAUUACCAAAAUGUAAAAUUUUCUGUACACAUCUUUUUUAAAUGUGUCUCUGUCUCUCUCUCUCUCGUCUUUUCUCCCCCCUUUCUCUUCUCUCUUUUCCCCUCCUUCUCCUCUCUCUCCCCCUCUCCCCUCCCCCCCCCCCGCUCUCUCUUCCUCUCCCUCUCUCUCUUCUUUUUUCUCUCUCUCUCCCCCUUCUCUCUCUCCUCUUCUCCUCUCUUUCUCUUUUUUCUCCUUUCUCUUUCCCUCUCUCCUCUCUCUCUUUCUCCUCCUCUCCCCCUUCUCUCUUCUCUCUACUCACUCACUCUCUCUGUCUCUCUCCAGACACGGGGGUGGACAGGUCUGAUUUGCACGGGGGGGCGGGGGGCGGGGGUGUCGUUGGGGCCCUCCCCCAGCAGGGGGGGCGGGGGGGCGGGUGGACACGCAGGGGCCCGGGGCGCCCGGGGCUGCUGGAGGGCGGGGCUAGCGGGGGGCCCGGGAACUGGAGCUACGGGUCUCCAUAACAUGAGACGGGUACCCCCGACCGGCGUGGGGGAAAGAGAGGUAACCCAAAACCCCCAGGCCAGAGGUUUUGUGGACUGACUGACUACCCCCCAUACCACAGGUUUUCUGCUGACUGCUGACUGACUACCAUGACCACAGGUUACUGACUGACUCUGACUACCAUGACCCAAAGGGACUGAUGACUGACUACCAUGACCACAGGUUACUGACUGACUGACUACCAUGACCACAGGUUACUGACUGACUGACUGCUACCAUCCACAUUCCCACGACUGACUGACUCCAGCCAAGGUUUCUGGGCUGAAAUGCUCUGACCCAGGUUACUGACUGACUGACUACCAUGACCACAGGUUACUGACUGACUGACUGACUACCAUGACCACAGGGUUUCGACGACUGACUACCUGACCCCAAGGGUUCUACUGACUGACUGACACCAGGGCCACAGUUACUGCUGCUGACUACUACUCCUGACCCAGGUUUUUUGACUGACUGACUACCAUGACCACAGGUUACUGACUGACUGACUGACUACCAUGACCAGAGGUUACUGACUCUGACUGACACCAGACCCGGUUACUCUGACUGACCCAAACCCGACCACAGGUUACGACUGCUGACUGACUCCCUGACCACAGGUUAAAUGACUGCUGACUGACUAACCCGACCCCAGGGGUUAGACGAUGACGACUACCCUACCACAGGGACGAAUAAGACUAACCAAACCAAGGUUAACGCUGUGCUGAACCCUGACCACAGGUUCUACUGUGUGCCCAGGACCCCAAAGGGUUUGAUGCUUGACCGGACUGCAAUUCCCCCAGGUUUUUGAUACUGACACCUGACCCAGGUUUGGUCUGCUGACAAAACCCGGACCACAGUUCUGUGCUCCUACCAGACCCAGGUUACUAAUGUGACUCUACCCCGCCACGGCAGGAACUCCAUAAAGGUUUAAAAUCUAGGGGCCAAUCCCGACCACAGGUUUUUGGGCUGCUGAAACCAUACCCAGGUCUACUGUGGCUGCUCUGGGGUGGGGGCGCACCGAACCACACCGGGCCGUGCCGUCUGUGGCGACCGUACUUUUUUCUUUGUAAACCAAAUUAUUCAAAUCGGAAAAGCAAAACCAAAACGCAAAAGCUAUCCAGUUUUGAGGACCCCGGCAUAGGGGUUUGGGGGCGGGACAUGCACACGAUUCUGUUCUGUUGCGCGAGGAUCUCCCUCUAGGAGUGUUUCGUUCGCGUAGGGCAGCCCAAACCGCGGAUUUCCCCUUAGGUAGUUGUUGGUUUGGUAGGGCAGCCAACCCGCAGAUUCCAUUAGGGGUUGUUUCCCUAUCGUAGGGCAACCCCUGCAGGAUCUUUCCAUUUAGUGUUUGUUUGCGUAUCGUAGGGCAGCCAACCUGCAGGAUCUCCUCUGGAGUUGUUGCUUUUUUCGGUAGGGCAGCCAACGGGACCCAUUAAAGGGGUUGUUGUGUUUGUUUUCCCCUAGGGCAGCCAAAACCCGCGAUCUCAUUAGUUAGUUGUUUUCGUUCUGCGUAGGGCACCCAACCCGCCAGGAUCCCAUUAGUGGUAUUGUUGCGUUUCGCAGGGAAUCCUGAUUUCCCGAGGGGGGGGCCCUUCCCUGGCUAGGGAGACAAGGCCGGGGGAUUGAAAGGUUUUUUGUUGUCAGGAAUACCCAUGUUUUCCUUUUUUUUCUUUCUUCUUUCUCAUCCCUUUUCUCCUCUUCUCUUCUUUUCCCGUCCCCCUCGUCUCUCUGUCUCUGUCCUUUUUCUGGGGUUUCUUGUUCUCUCUCUCCCCUGUCCUCUCUCCUCCCCUCCCUCUCUCUUCUCUAUCCUCUUCUCUCCCCCCCCCCCCCCCCCCCCCCCCAGUUCUCCCCCAGCACAGCAGCAGACCAGAGCCAUCAGAACCAGUCAAUCCAGACCCAGUGGUGUCCAGUCUGCAGUGUCCACUACACUGUCCUCCAGAGACGCACCUCUCCUCCACCCUCCACCUGUUCUCUCUCUCCCGCCCUGCCCCCCCUCCCCACUACUGCCUCCCCCCCUCCACCCCCGCCUACCAGAUGAUGCUGCGCUCUGGGUGGACCCCUGGUGGGGGGCUGGGGCCCGAGGGGGAGGGUCACAAACAGCCGGUCCGGACCGUCCUGAAGAGAGACAGCAGAGGCCUGGGUUACGGACCCACGCCCCGACCCAAGGUCACACACUUCCAACCUAAGGACCCGCAGGCAGUCAGACGGACGGGGAAGGAGGGGCGGUGGGAGAGGAGAGGGAGGAGGGGGAUGAAGGAGCAGAGCAAGAGGGAGGAGAAGGACAGGAACUGGGAGAGGGACUUCCGCUCUUCGUUUAACACCUUUGACCCCUGA